AUGUACGGCUCGUCGCACCCGUAUGCACAGCAGGAACAGCGACCCUCUCAGCCCGCUCACCCCUUCCCCACCGGCCCUUCGACGCACAAUGCGCGCAUGCGUCCGCGACAGCCACCGCCAGAAGCGCCUCUGCCUGCUCCACCGAAGAGCAAACUUCCUGCACUACCCUCUGCCGUCCCGCCGUCGCCCCGACACGCGUCGGAGCGAUUGGCGUCCUCGUCGACUUCGCCCGCUCUCGCUUACCCUUCCUUCGCAAACGACCCCUUCCCUUCGGCCCAACAACGGAUCCGAGGCGAGUCGUCGCCUGCACUUUCGCGGCACUCGACCCGCGACCCGUUCGACGACGUCACGUUCGACGCGCAAGGACGGCCGGUUGUUACGAUGCGGAGGCAAGAUAGCGGCGGAGGGACUGUGACGAAGCGCUUUGUCGUCGGAGAGGAUGGCAGGGAGCGGGAGGAGACGCGCGAGGAACGCCGAGCGCGCAAAGAGCGGGAGCGGGCGGAGCGAGGGCAGUCUACCGUGUCAGAAAUGGACCACCGCCGGACCUCAUCGCGAACGAGCCGGACCAGCGACGGCUACGGCUUCGGCACGACGCCUCUCACCUCCCCUCCCAUCCCUUCGCCGUCCGCCUCGCCUCGCCUCGCCUCGCCUCCGCCCAAUGCCUCUUCCUCCAACUCGUCAAAAUCUGUCUUGACCGUCGCCCUCCAGCGCGCCCAAUCCGCCGUCCUCCUCGACAGCGCCAACAACUUUCCAGCCGCCAUCGCAGCCUACACUCAGGCUGUCCGGCUAUUGAAGGACGUCAUGGCGCGCGUCGAGGACGGGUCGAAGGAGAUGGAGCGGAAGCUGAGUACGGGUGGAGUGCGCGAGGGAGAGACGGUUGAGGAGUACGAGAAACGAAGGGCGAGGUACGAGCGGAAAGAGCGGGCAAAGGUGGACGAGGCGAGGCGGCUGCGAGUGAUUCACGACACGUACGAGGACCGGAUCCGCAUGCUCGUCUCCAUGGGCACGCCCCUUCCUCCCGGCGCCGCCUCUCCGCCCACUCCCUCGCAACGUACUCUCUCGGCCUCUUCCAGUCUCCACUCUCUUGCCGAACCGAAGCCUUACACGCCGUCCGUCGCCUCAAAUUCGACUGUCACUUCCGCCGCUCCGCCAAUGACCUACCGCCGGAGACGAUCGUCCAAUGCCCUCGAACAGCAUGCGCGCCAGCGAAGCGUCACGAGCCUUCAUACGGUCACGACUCCGCCGACGAGUGUUGACGCCGGCUCGAGCUACAUCGACUUUGACCGGCCGGCGACUGGGCGAGCAGGAGCUGGAGUGGCCGAGAGUAUCGGGAGUGCGAUGAUGGCGGAUGUGGCGAGUCCGACGUCGCCUAAGCCACCGCCGUGGGAGAGAGGCGUCCCGCAGAUUGGCGACCUGCCGGUGUUCUCGUCUCUCGCCGACUCGGUUUCUCCGACUCUCACGCGGGACGAAGGGUUCUUGAGCGCGGCGUCGCCGACCGCGCGAGAUGCGCGACCUCUCAGCUACGCCAGCGACUCGACAGCGACUGCAAUCGCUCGAACACCCAACACCGCAACGCCCGUUCCCGCACCUUCACCCUCCGCUCCGCCUUCGAUCCUUCCCCCACCAAUACCUUCGUCGACGUCCGAUCCCUCUUCUCUCGCUGCGCCUCUCUCGCCCGGCUACGUCAGCAGCAGCGGCGAGACGGACGACUUGCCCAUGCACACGGCCAUUGAGCCUGGGUCCGGCUGGCCAGCGCAGUCGCCGCAGAACACGCGGGCAGCGUUACCAACAGAUGCGCCUAUCCCAUCGCCUGACGACCGUCCUCUCCCACUGCACGCCUCAUCUUCGGAAAGCUCGGUACCGGGACUCGCGCACCUCGCGCCGUUUAUGCGGAGAGGUUCCUCAGCGAGCGCAUUGACGGCGGCGAGUGGCGAGACGUUGCGGAUUGGGUACGGUCCCGGAGGCGAACAGAUGCGACGAGGAAGCAGCGCUGGAACUCUGCCGAUGCGACGAGGGAGCUCAUUUGGCGGGUUGGCAUUCACGGACGGAGAGGGUUCGCCAGUUGAGAUCCGCCCGAGGCCGGUGCGAGGAGCAUCGCUCAUCGGGACUGCCCAUGCGCCGACUCUUUCGUCCAUCGCGCAAGCCAAGGCGCCUCUCGUCAACCCGACCACGGCGGAAGGGACGAUCAGUCAACGGCGAAACCUCCGCAGUCCCCAACCUGACGAGCAAUCCGGUCUCCGCCCUUCGACACCGUCCGACCUCGGCGCCCCUUCAGCCAACAUCGUCGUCCGCGCGCCAAGCUCGGAAAUCGAGCGCACGCCGCCGCCUCCCGUCCCUUACGCUUUCCCGUCCGGCUCGCACUCGCAUCACCAGCCGAACGGCUCGAUCAGCAAGGGCAGCGGCUUCUCUGGCGCUUCACUCCCCAGCCGACUACGCUCGCUCUCGCAGUCCGGCAGCAAGCGGCCGAAACUGCAGUCUUUCGACUCGGAACAAGGGCGACCGCCUCUCCCUCCUCUCCGCACGACGGUGAACCACACGUCUUCCGUUUCCGUCUCAUCGGCUGCUACCUCGUCGACCGGCGGUCCGUCUCGCAAAGCGUCUGUCCCGACGCCGACCUCGCUCAACGCGCCGACCUUCGCAACGCUCGGACGCAGUAACUCGUCGUCGUCCGUCGCCAACAACGCCUCGUCGGCGUAUCCCUUCCGGACGCUGGCAAGCGCCGGCAGCGAAGGCCCGCCCUCCUCCGCCAGAUCCCGCCACGCAGUGUCGCCCUCGUUCUCAGCGUACCAGCAUCACCCGUCGCAGAGCGUAUCGGGUGGCGUUUACCUCUCGGCUGGCCUCCCGUCUCCGCCUGCCUCGACAGAGCCAGCCUCGCGCGAGACGACUCUCGCCGUUCCCGCCGCUCGACGUCCAUUCCACCUCAUGCGCCUCGUCCUCGCCACGAUGCCUCCGCCACCGAAUGCGAACGGAGCGUCGAGCGGCGGCGGCUACUUGAGUGAACGGCUGUACGUCCCGGCGCAAGUCUGGACGACUCAAGGAGGCGCCAAGCUCGUCGCGCUCGAGACGAAAGUCCGCAUGCUCGAGCUCAUCUCGACCGGUCUCGAUGCGCUCGAGAAAGCUGGACGAGGACUCUUGCUCGUCCCGACGGCGAGCUCGAGCGCACAUGCGGCUGCACGGGAGGAGGCGGCGCGAUUUGCGCGGGAACUCGAGAGCUUCGAGGGGCUUGCCGAGGGCGUCCAGACAACGCUUAACAAGAAGCUCGGACCCGGCGUGAUUGGCUCGUUCUCUGGCGGAGUUAGUGGCGGUGCGGGAGCGGGACCGGAGAAGGAUGCGAAGACGGGACGGAAGGGCAGCACGGCGAGCUUCUCGACCUGGAGCUCAAAGCUGUCGGCCAGCUUGAAUCGCGUAACGAACGGUGUCAGUCUGGACUCGCAAGCGGCCUACGUCGACGCCAUUGCCAAGGUCUUCAGGCAAGGGCAGUGCCUCGAUCCGCAUCUCGCCUUCAUCUUCGCCAGCGGUCCAGCCGACGCCGUCAACCCUGAAGACAGCCCCUACGCGCUUCUUCCCGACGCAGACCGGCAUCGGCUCGAACGCCAACUCCGCAAGUCGAGCGAGUUCUUCAACCAGGUCGUCUGUCGCUUCGUCCUGCGGGACGUCGGGGUGCUUCUUGACAAGUACGUCAAGCGAGGCGGCGCUUGGCUUUCCGGCGAGUAG